UAACGGCAAAAGGGGGGAUGGUGUUACCGAUCAACGAUUUUAUGCGUUGGAUUGUUCCAUGAAUGCGAUACGCAGGAACUGCAAUCGAGCACGCAUGGCAAUUGCCUCUAUCCGCAUGGCACUUGGCUCCCUUGCACUGCACUCGAAACAAACACACACGGGGAGACGAGGCGUCAAGGGAGGUAGCAGUCUGUUAAAUUUGUCACCCAAACGAAGUCCCGUGCAGGAGACAUUUGUUGGGUCGCAUGAAAACGAAGAGGAACUAGAAAGAAUUCGCUUGCACCACGAGAUAAGUGACAUGCGAACGGAGUUGACCCGCUGGUUGAUAGAGAUGCGUUGGACCCUGGCCAUUCUUCGUCAACAUUAUGCUGCGUUGGAGAAGCACAAAUCGAAUGUUAAGCUGGUAAUGGAACGGCAGGCAAACACGAAGGUGUAUGGAGCCCCGACUGUGAAGGAGGCGAACGUUCUUGAGUCCUUCCUUCAGUCGCAACCAGAGAUUUCGCACGUGAGUGAGGAUGAGAAGGGGCGGUUAUUAGCCUGGGCAAGAGACGAGGGUGAUGAUCUUCUUCAUGCUCUCAUUCUCAUUUGCCUUGCGCCGCACCAACCGCAGAUGAAAACACAACGUGAAAUGUUGGAAGAAGCAUUUCAUCUCUUGCAUCGUCAUGCGGACAAUAGGGGUCAAACUCAGCCGCUUGGCUUGCAUACAAAGCAGCAAGGGGAGAGCGCCUAUUCCGCCUUUAUGAUUUCGUGCUACGCCGUGUCUACAUGUGGGAAGUUGGGAUUUAAUCAGAUGACGGAGCGUGCAAAGGAUGUUUUGUACUCAAUUUUUGCGAAAAGUGACAAGGACGACAAAACGCGCGAGGAACCAGACAUAGGGAUGGAAACCUCAAAAAAUAAGACCGCAUCUGAAUCCAGAUAUAUUUCUGCAUCCACGUUUUUACUGCGCACCAAUGAGGAGGUAUUGGCGGUGUCAUCGAAGCUGAAACUUCAGACAAUUGUCUCAGCACUCUUGUGGGUAUCCACCGUGGAGGCAAGUCGCAUUCCGUACCAAAACUUUGAAAGAACUGGUCUCAUGUCGUUUAUUGGAAAAAGUGUCAUGUUGGAUGUACCAUUUGAACAGAGAUAUGGACUUAAAAAAGUACAGUUAUGGCAUAUGCGUAUUGCUUACCAGCUCCAAUUUGCCAUGGAUCUUGCGGGUCGUGUACAGGAUAGUGGUUUAAUGCUACAGUGUGCCUUUGAACUUUUUAACUCACUUCUUCCAUCCCUUACGGAUGAAAACUACUAUCCGCUUUUGUUGCUCCCGCUUGCGACGUUGUGUGAGGCGUUGAUGCGACAACCCACAUCUGUUUGGAGUGAUGCCUAUGUACAACUAUUGGCAGCCCGCACAAUUGAUGCGCUUCUCAAAACUGUGCGGAAGAUGGCCGCAGCGGGUCCUGAUGUGGAGUCUGCUGUUCAUGACGCAUUCGAUAGCGCCAAGGGUGGUUUGGCUGUUAUGCCCGUUUCCAUUCAAGGAUGGUAUGAGUUGCUUCUCCGUCUCUUUAUGCACGUGUGGGGAAAUAUCUACAAUCAUCCCAAUCCAAGGCAAAUUCGCUAUCAAGAAAGUGUACGCCGAGGUGCGACGACCGUGCAGAAGGUGUUAUGCCCUGAUCAAGGCGGCGUGGACGAGAGAAUCUCCCCUUCACCGGCUAGAAACAAUGUCUCUCGGGCAACGACAAAAAAGGCAAACAGCGUCUCCGGUGGAGUGGCGGCAGCUACAAGACCUACAACGGGCAACUUGACAGCCCCGGCGUUUCCAGGGGGUGCUUACGCCGUACCCGACACGAUUCUUGACGAUUGUGUCCCAAUUGAAUUUAUGGAGUUGCUGGGGGAGAUUCUUUUUACAGUACCAGGAGUGAAUGCGUUUCUUACGCACUUGUUUGGCCCAAAGGUAGAUGAAAUCUCCGAUCGUGUGCAAUCGGUGUUGAUGGCUGAGAAUCUCGUGGGUGUUCCCUUGUGGCUACUGAGCGUGGUGAAGGGACUUACCGACAGGACACCGUCUGUCGUCUUUGACUGCCUGCAGCAGGCAGCCGAUGACCCGCUUUAUGCAAGGACUGCGGUUUAUGUCGUGGAGCAUCUUCUCCGUCUGGGUGAUAUCGCGGCUGCGCGUCGUGUGGCAACGGAUGCGCUACAGGUCAUUCAGAAACUGAAACAGAGUGUAAAGGAGCAUCAGCAAUCUGUGAUGGAGCACAUGAACGACUGGUUGGAGAACGAGGGCUACAUGUUGGUGACACCCUCACGAAUCAAGAGGAAGGCAGUAGAGGAGGAAACAUUGUUAAAGGGAAAACGGCAGAAGGGUAGACUCGCCGCAAAGGGAGGAGCAGCGGGAACAACAACGUCAACACCGGAGGAAAAAAAGGCCCAUCAUUUUGCCGACACCGAUGAACGGCAAUGGACCCUCUCGGAACAGCAGAUGUUACGGCAACUUACGCGGGGUCUCGCGUAUUUGCGUCGUCGGCAGGCGUUUCGCUGGCUGCGAGGUCGCAUUCUUCAAUUUAACGCACCGUAUCAGGCGCAGUUGCAUUUUUACCUUUCCGUGAUCGCCCAAAAGUUGUUGGAGCAGCGGCAGCAACGACCGGCUCAAGAAGGUGAUCAGACGGCAACUCCCGUUACGAACGCGCGACCCGGGCAGAAAUCGAAGGGGCGGAGUGAAGAAGCGGCUUUAACGCGCGCUGAGGAGCUGAAGGCCGAAGAAAAGGAAGAUGAAGAACGUUUUAUUCAACACGCGGUACGCUCGGCGGUGCUUUUUAAUCGAUGUGGUUUUCCUUCCCGUGCCUUUGCAACCGUUUCGCAGGCCAUUGACGGCCUACGCAUGCUUGUGUGUGAGGAGCCGCCGGAUACGACGCUGAGAGACGAAGAGUUAUUGUCUCCCAAACAAAACCAACAGGAAGCCUCCGGUGAAGAAGAUCUGCCAAUGACGCCUAAAACUGCCAGAGUAUCCUUUGAUUGCGCGGAUUUAGGCAAAGAGGGCAGUCACGCGAUGGAGAUGUUGAUCAGCCAUGAAAAGUUGAUACAAUGGGGGCCGCGUAUACUUCCACUUGCACGUGCGUUGCUGCGGGUAUUCUUCUUGCUGUGGAACGGCUUUGUUGACUACCGCCGCGAUGUGGAUUUUCUACAUCCAGCCGCUGUGAAGGUUGGGCGAAAUGUGGAGCUCGAGGAGCAGUUGCAUUUUCAGGGACGGGUGCCGUCGCUGCACUCGUACGCAACCGCAGCCGGACAGUAUGAAGAGGCCCGUCUGGUGCACCUCGCCAACGUGAAACGCGCACGUCUGAUACGGUGGCUUGAGUGGCGCAUACGUGAGGUCCAAACUGCGGAGCAGAAGGGACGCAGAGUUGUACACCUGCAGUGGCUGACGGAAAUGAGGGCUUUUCUUGCCGAUCAGGUCUCGGUGGGAAUUUCUUCACUGCGGCCGCACGUUACAGAUGUGGAGAAGAGGAUCGCCAAUAUGAUGGAGCAAGAAAAGACAGACGGGGGGAAGCAGGCGCUAGCGGUGUCGCCAAAGAAGAAAAAAAUGAAAAAGAAUCUUCAACCACGGCAGGGUGUGAUGCCGGAGCCUAUACGAAUCGACGGUGCCGAUGCCACGGCGCUAAUUGCACUGCGGUUUGGCUCGGCGAUUCCGGCAGAGAAAAUUAUUGAUCAACUCAUGUUCCUCCUACGGUCCACGCAAUUUUCGUGUCAGUUUGCUUCCCUUGAGCUUUGCCUGGAAGUGCACAAGUUGACCGGUGGAUUCUUUGCGGAUGACUUGUUGCCAUUUGCAUUAAGUAUGCGGCGUAAUAUUGUUAUCUCGCAAGAAGAUGAACUUAUUAAGGAAUACGGCAUGUUACGUCAAAAUGAGCCGUUACAAAAACAACUUGUACGCAAUGCCCGUUUGUCGUGGGAGAAAUACACAACGACAGAGGCGUAUCAGCGUGUCACUCAGCGUCUGUCACGAACGCAGUUGCCAUCCAAGCGGAAUGUUAGGGAAGGCUCAAUAGGGAAGACGUCUUUUGUUGAAACGGAGUCCGCAUCGCGGAUGAGUCUGGAAAUGGCAAGCGGUGUGAAGCUGGUAGGACGCGGGGGGAACUUACGACAGCCGCCGCCGCGUGAUGUGAUUUUCCGUUUUGGGGCUGCUACGACAUACUUGCAGCGGCGACGUCUUUUUGGACCACUUUCGGAGCAGCUUUACGAAUUGGGGUGGAUUUACCUGCUGCAUCGUCAGCGUUUAGAAGCGGAACGGUGUUGGAUUGAGGCUGUUGACGCCGCGUUGGAGAUACCAGAUAGUUUGAAGCGUCCUCCUGAGACGUGGGCACAGCUACAAAUUCCAAAGAUUGGGCUUCCCCGUUUAUUACUGGCCGUCAUUUCGAUUACAUCGCUCGCCAUGUAUAUAUACCGUGAGCAGCAAGGGAAAGCUGUGAAUUGUUACUUGCUGGCUGCUCGGAUUCUUGAGCAGUUUCUUGAACAAGGCACAACGAGUAAUUUUCCGCAGUAUUUGCGCGAUUUUGGGGGGUUUAUGCUAGAGGACCUCGUUGUUCUCCCGCGGCUUGGGGAUACCAUGCCUACCUUGAUUCCGCAGUUGGCACAUCACAUGCUCUUCCUUGCGUGGGAACUGUUGAGAUUCAAGUUUUACUUUUAUGCGGCAAUGGUUGCGUCAUUGACCGAGUACUUUGCGCGGAUACACAUGCGGCAUGUUGCCUUCACCGCUGAGGCACGACUUGUGCAGGCGAUGGCGGCAUCCAAGUUUGGAAGUUACAGGGCCUCCAUGAAAAUACUGCGAGAUGUAUGUCAAGGGGUUCGAAUUCCACGUGGGGCAUUGGAUGGCACGGCACUCCGUGUACGGGCAUUGAUUGAGGGUGUUGAAACGAGCAAAGUUGGAAAAAACACAAAGCGUGGGGAUGGAGGGUCGAACUCCCCUAGUCGACAUGUGGAGCCUCAGGCAGAGCAGCAGCAGCAACAACAACAACAACAGCAACAAUAUCAAUCCCAGGAGGGUCUGUAUAAUGAUGCUGAGCUUCCAUUGACGAGCGACAAUGUGGCCUGCAUCCAAACCUUUUUGACGCAGUGUCUCGGUGUUGGGGUCGCUAAUGCAGUGACCUCGAAUCCCAUGACAUCCACGCCAUCUCCGCUAUCGAAUGCUACUUCUGGAAGUGGUGGAGGCAGCCUACUACAGGAAGCGGUUGCUGCAUGCUAUGGUCCAUUUCUAUCGCAGCGUGUGGAACUUGCUAUCGCAGACUUUCUGGUGACUCUUGGCUCGAAGGAGUCCGCGUAUGUGUGGUGUGUCUUCGCGACGCAACAAACGUCUUUUAUGGGCGAACGACGUUCGGCUCGUUCACGGAGCCUUCAACGGAUCUCCUUGCAUGGUUUCGGUGACUCAGCAUGUAUUGAGGCGUUAAAUGCCGCGGAACAAAUACUACAAUUGUUGAUUGCCCGGCAACAGGAAAAGGGGCAUACAUCCACGGGGGAUACUCCGCGCAGGAAGAGUCCAGUACGAGAUAGAAUCACCUCACCUGUGCAAGGAGACGUUCAAAUAAAACGAGGUCAAGAACUGGAAGAGACGUACGUGCGCCUUACAUCCAUGCUUCUCCUUGCCAGGAUUUAUACUGCGCGCGGGGAACCUUCUAAGGCGUUGGCGACUUUACGAGCGCUAGUGACGAACUUCAAUGCGCAUGUUGAAAGCAAUAGCACUGCUCCCACAGCUACCAGCGCCCCGUCGUACCUCUGGACUGUUGCAACACACAUCUUUUGGUGUGAUGUGUAUGAACUUAUGGUAGUUAACCAUGUGCGGAUUCGUGAAUACAUGGCGGCGCAGCAAGUGAUACGUGAUGCGCUUGCCUUGUGUGAGCAGUGUGGUGAUCCAUUUAGUGGCCGGGUUUUUUCUCUCUACAGCUCCGCCAUUAACGCCAGAACGGGAUCCCUAACAGAUGCCAUUGAGACGCUGUGUGUUUUGCAGAAGGCAUCUCAUUCAUUAAGUUCCGACAACCGUAUUGACAUGUUUCACGCCUGGACAUCUUUGGCAGCGGGAUCCUUGAAGCGUUUGUUACAUCACGAAGAAAACGAAAAAAGGGAGACAUCCUCUUCUCCUUCUUCUUUUUCGAUCUCGUCUGUGGAAAUGUUUGAAUUUGCCGUGAAAGCACUGCAGGAAUAUUGCGAGACGUAUGGGUUGCUUCUUGGAACUGGGUCUCUUCUAGAGAGAAAACAACUCUCACUUUUUCCGGGGAAUUCUUUACCUCGGCGAUUCUUUGUGGCGUGGAAUGUGGAGGCAGUCUUCCUUCACCGUGCAGUAAACCUGUUGGCGGAAGAAUACAUGCGUAUAGGAAAGCUGGAACUUGCAGAGAGGGUCUUACAGCAUGCCAUCUCGGCACUUACACCGCGAUACGACACCUCCGCCCAUCCCACGCCACUGAUCGAAAGUCAAUUUAUACUUGCACGUGUGUUGUGUCUUCUUAAGCCGCAUUUGCUAAACGAGCAGCAAAAUUCCGUGGAUCAUGUGAGAGACGCCAUAUACUCCGAGGAACUCAAUGAGGAGGAUGUGUUGCUUUUGCUGGAUUUACCGCGGCAGCAGCCCGUACGACUUUUGAUAGAUGUUAUAAGGGGAGUGGUGGCGUGUGGCACGCACGAUUACAACAUUUUGCGCCUGGCGUUAUUGAACUUGGCUGCGCUACUGUCACGUGCAGACCGAGCGUUUCACAUCAUGGCUGCCACAUGCGUGAUUUUGGCGAAAUUUGUGGAAGAUAUGAGGUUCCAUGUAUUUAGUGGUAUGAGUAUCUUCUCCCUGUACGGCGAGGAGGUCAUUCAUAUUGGGACAGAGUUGGUUGUCCCGGAGAAUAUUACUGCCGUCAUUCGAUCCACGCAGCGCAGUUUAGGAAACGUCUCGGAAAAGGAUAUGAAUGGCAGCGGUGUGGGUUCUGGAAGGGCCGUGACGCCGGUCUUUUCACAGGAGCCGCGACGUCCCCCUUCUCGUUCCCGUGAGGAUAGAGAGGAAGCUGCUCUAAAGAACACCGUCACACUGCCUAUCCUUGUCGCUGCAUUUGCUUCCCUGCAUAUGGAGAGAUCGUUGCAGUACGUGUUUCCACCGCGGGAGUUAUUGGACCUCGAAACGGCUUUGCAACUUAUUCGCGCGUACCUUCAAUUGCGGACAGCCCCUCUCAGCGGGUAUUAUCUUUGGUAUGACGACGUCACACGAGAGGCACAAAUGAAACAACAACAACAACAGCAGCAGCAGCAACAACAACAACAACAACAACAACAACAGCAAGGACAAGGACAGGGGCGUCUUGGAGAGGGUAUUCGUGCGCGGUACUCUUCUUUUGCGGGAAUGGAUGCGACAGGAGGAACAAUGUCUCUCCUUCCACCUAUUGUCAUGGACAGGCCACCGUCUUUGCUUUCAACCACAACCCUCAUGAAUCUAGGUAUACCAAAGGUGAACACAGUGAUCUGCCAGUCCUUUAUGCGUGAUGUGGACAGAAAUCUCAGUAGUAACGCCAAUGGACCUCUCCCAAGAGGUGGGGAAAGUUACGCGCGUGCUGCAGGAGGCUUUGCAUGCACCCCACCAACAAGAGCUACCCAUGCGCCGGCAAUGAUGACAUUUGUGCUCUUUGUCUCACCUGUUCACGAUCCAAACGCCACACAACAUUCUCCGAUCAACGAAAAGAACUCGCAGAGUCAAAGUAAAAAAUCAAAUCGCUCAACAACGAAAUCCACCGUGAGCAUGAUGGAGGCAAAAAUUCUUAGUGGCUCCCCACUAAUUGCCCACACGUGGAAUGGAACACGAUGCGUUAUGUUUGAGCUACCACUGGAGGAGGUACAAAUAUUGUUUUCCGAAGCUGUGAAAACACUGCAGUUGAUGCAAAAUUUAUUAUCAUUCCCAGUCAUGACGUCAUUGGGAGCAGGGAUUGGAUCAGGUGGAAGUGGAAUUGGAGGAGGAGGAGAAGCGGAAGUUUCUGUGGAAACCGCCUUGUCGCAGCAGCUGAGUGAGGCCUUGGUACUCUUGACGGCAAAAACCGCACCGUCCACCACCAAAAAAGGAGUACGUGCUGGAACGACCGUGGAGUUUCUGCUUAAUGGUACGUUGGGUGCUAGCCCUGGCAACAACAGUAUAGCUUCCACGAAACAGGGUGAAAUAGCUGGCCAGUUGGAAGGGGACAUGCAUUCUGCCCUUCGCACCGCCACAGCAGAUGGCGUGGGUGACGUACCGGCAGUGGAUGAGGCAAAAUCUAAAAUUAUUAUGGGCUUUAUUGAAUUGUUUGUACGGUCUGUUGUUUCUGCUACUGUGACAGACGAUGAACUGAUGGAGCGCUGCAUCGAGUCCCUUUUACCCCGCUGCGCCGUGUCUGCGGAGGUGGUAUGUUUCCUGAAGUCCAUGUUGGCGGGCGACGGCGGGGGUGUCGCACUUUUCCACCCGGGGAUUCACGAGUGGUUUGCUCGCAUGGCAAAGUUUGUGAUGGAGCACACCGAAGUUAUGCGUCCGGAAGCACAUGCGACGAGAACACGAACGGAAGGAAGAUAA